UUUAACGGCUUUGACAUGCAGUGACUCCUCCACGCCGACAGGGGGAGAGUCACCGGUGGGAAGCCGGCAUCUUCGAUGCUUUUCUAAACGAAGGAGGGGCAGGCUUUCCUGUUGAAGCCACCACAUCGGCUACUGGGGAUAAGUGUUCUAUUCCAGGGCAAAAGGCGGCCAAGCCCCACUUAUUAAAAACAUAUCAACCUGUCAGGAGGGAGCGGCUUGAUGCUGUGUCGCCGCGGAAGAGUCUGAGUGUGUUGCCGUGCGUUCGGCGCCAGGUGCGGUGCCACAGUGUUGGGGAAAUGCCAUCUUCAUUAUGGAGGGUGGGGUGUGCGCUGGGGCUGCUUUUGUUCCCUUCCUCUGCGGAAGGGAACGACUCCUCGCUGCUGGACGGCUGGCACGACGUCUGGCUCUUCCGCUUCCUGGUCAACCUGUUGGGCUACUCGACCAUCAUCGUCCCCGGCUACCUCCUCAUCAGCUACUUCAAGCGCUCCAAUUACUUAGACACAGGUAGUGGCCUGUGCUACCCCGUGAUAAAGGCCUGCGUGUUUGGCAGCGAGGACAAGACCGGCCUGUUGGAUGACGUGUCCAACGCAAGCCGGAACGAUGGCGACUCGGCCUCCUCGGUCAAACAAGCUGUCAAGCUGAUCUUUUGUGCGGCCGGACUUCAGGCGUCGUACCUGACAUGGGGGGUCCUCCAGGAGAGGGUGAUGACGCGGUCGUACGGAGCCAAGACUCCCGGGGAGGAGGGGGAGCGAUUCAAGGACUCGCAGUUCUUGGUCUUCAUGAACCGCAUCCUGGCGCUGACCGUGGCGGGCCUGUGGUGCGUGCUCUUCAAGCAGCCGCGCCACGGCGCGCCCAUGUACAAGUACUCCUUUGCCUCGCUCUCCAACGUGAUGAGCAGCUGGUGCCAGUACGAGGCCCUUAAGUACAUCAGCUUCCCCACCCAAGUGCUGGCCAAGGCCUCUAAAGUCAUCCCCGUCAUGCUGAUGGGCAAGAUCGUGUCGCGCAAGAGCUACGAGUACUGGGAGUACCUGACGGCCGUGCUGAUCUCGGUGGGCGUCAGCAUGUUCCUGCUGACCAGCACGGCCAGCAAGCACCCGUCCACCGUCACCACCUUCAGCGGCGUGGUCAUCCUGGUGGGCUACAUCGUCUUUGACAGCUUCACCUCCAACUGGCAGGACAACCUGUUCAAGCACAAGAUGUCGUCGGUGCAGAUGAUGUUCGGGGUCAACCUGUUCUCCUGCCUGUUGACCGUGGGCUCGCUGCUGGAGCAGGGCGCCCUCUUCGACUCGCUGGCUUUCAUGGCGCGCCAGUCGGAGUUCGCCUUCCACGCCGUGCUGCUGUCGGUGUGCUCGGCCUGCGGCCAGCUCUUCAUCUUCUACACCAUCAACCAGUUCGGCGCCGCCGUCUUCACCAUCAUCAUGACGCUGCGGCAGGCCAUCGCCAUCCUCCUGUCCUGCUUCCUGUACGGCCACGCCGUCACGCCGGUGGGCAGCCUGGGCGUGGCCGUGGUCUUCCUGGCGCUCUUCCUGCGGGUGUACGCGCGCAGCCGCGUGAAGUCCGGCCGCCGGCCGCCGCCGCCGCCGGCGCAGAAGGUG